AUGGGAGAGGAUGAGGCUGUUACGCUGGCCCAAGACGACGAACCCGAUGAGGUCGUCGAGGGCUGGAACUGGGCCGGGCUCGGGCUGGCCCUGAUUCAUCUGAUUGAGGCCCGGCCUGGUGAGCUAUUAUUCACUGUCGUUGACCCGCCGAACCGCGUACGAGCCACACGCCCACGCGACCACCUUACCCACUCCCAAAUGUCCCCGCCGAGGCGCCUCGCCGUGCUCUGCUCCCACCUCCGGCCCGACGGCGCCGAGCCUCCAGCCGAGAAUGAGCGGCCGGCCGGGCAGCAAACGGUGAUAUCUGCCUCCCCGUGCGGCGACGACGACCGCGGCGCGGCGGCCGGUCGCGUGGGGGAUCGGGAGGCGGAGAGCUGCGUCUUCUGCCGGAUUAUACGCGACGAGGCGCCGGCGUUCAAGGUGCGUCGGGCCCUUCCUCCUCCUUCCCACUUGUUGGUUGCUGCCGCCACCGCGCUCGCGGGUCCUUUCUGCUGCACGGCUGCCUCAAAGGGGGAUUACAUGGCAGCUUCGUUCGGACGUUCGCUUAUCCAAAUCGCAAUGUCUCACAGCAUAUACCCGAAGCUUGCUCUCUGAGAAUGCCUAAUCG